AUGGGUAGUUCGGAUACGGGAACUGGCGUUGCUGAUAGCAGUGUUGGGAGUAUCGUUUGGGUUCGGAGACGGAACGGGUCGUGGUGGCCUGGUAAAAUACUCGGCCCAGAUGAGCUCUCGGCUUCUCAUCUCAUGUCUCCCCGAUCCGGAACACCGGUUAAGCUUCUUGGGAGGGAAGACGCCAGUGUUGGUAUGAAGAUAGGGAGUGGAGGACAUUGUUGGUCACUAAAUUCAGAGAAAGUAGGUUUGUUGGAGGAGGCCAUUUACAUGGUUAGGAACUCAUCGGAAUGCCUUGUGGAAAAGCGAGUGGCCAAUACACUUGGAAAAAAUAAAUUGGCUAAGCAUGAUGAAAUUUUUGUUUACGAAAAUCUCAAUGGAAAUUACCUUCUGAAAAAAAUCUCAAUGGAGAUCUCUGUUGUACUGCUUGCUUCUCAAUUGUGCUGGGACUGGUACAAUUUGGAAAAGUCCAAGCGUGUGAAGGCAUUUCGAUGUGGUGAGUUUGAUGAGUGCAUUGAAAGGGCUGAAGCUUCCCUUGGCAUUCCUCCGAAGAAAAGAGAGAAAUAUGCACGUCGGGAAGAUGCCAUACUUCAUGCUCUUGAACUUGAGAAGCAGCUGUUGGAGAAGAAAUAUGGGAAAGUAGGUCAUAGCUCUAAGGCAAGGAACAGUAAAUCAUCAGAUGGUGCAAAGAAAGAGUUGUCAACAUCUUCAGAGUGCUUGGGAAAUUCCACUGGGAGACAAUUGAACCCUAAAUCUCAUCAACGUUCUAAGGGUCAGGACUUAUCUGUUGAGAACAGUGGCAAAAGCGGCCAUCAACUGAAUGGGGAUGACGAUAACUCUGGUGCACUACCUCGGAUGAGAGGCUUGCAGGACUUUGGUCUCAGGACUGCCUCUUCAAAGCGUAAGCUUUCUUCUUCAGUUGCUUCUAAUGGUUCUCAGAAGCCUGCGUUUGACGAGAGUCUUCAUGCUCUUUCUAGCAGUGGUCGUAGCACAGAAAGUUCAGUUCAUGCGAACAGUGAAAAUUUGGUAGACAAAAGGAACAGGUUAUAUGAGGAGUUGGCUGACGAAUCUCUUGUCAAGAGGCGUGACAAGCGCCGUCCUCUUGUUCAAGUAAUGCAGAGUAGUGCAAAGCUAUCAGUUCUUCACCCAGAGGCUGAUGGCUGUACUGUUUCUAUUCCUGUGUCAGAAGAGGAAGAGCCAGGAGCUGCCUGCCUUGCCAACUCCAGUGAUUGUUUAGAAGACAAAGAAAUUAAUCCCAACGAGAUGGGUAUGUCACCUUCCAAGGUUGAAGAAACUAAUUGUGCUAAUCUUGCUGCUUCAAAUGAAGAGAAGACAUCAGGAUCUACAGAGGAUACGGAGACUGAUUCUUCUGAUACUGAUUCUGAAGAAUCAGAUAGGGACGAGGACUUGAAUGCGUUUUCAGAUGAUGCUGCUUUUAUAGAACUACAACCGAAAUAUGUGGGAAGAUCCGGAGCGCAAGGGGAACAUGGGAGCAUGAGCAGUGUAGAACUUGAUAAAUUGGCACUUACCAAAGAGACGUCUCAUCAUUGUCCUACAGACCCUGUUUCAGCUAGUGUCGGGGUGUCCAAAUGGCAACUGAAAGGGAAAAGGAAUAGUCGCAGUCUUUCAAAAAGAUCUCUGGAUGUAACUGAUAGGGAAGUUUCCAGAGGAUCCAUUCAUGGAAACGAUGUCAAAGAAAAGGAAAGCAAUGGUUCUGACGAGGGUAAUGUGAUUGGUGGGAAUUUCAGGACCCAAAUGGCUGGAUAUAACUCUAGAGGAUUAGAUGGUACAACCCACAGUAUCAUCAGUUGGGAGGACUUGGCUUGGAAUGAUCAGCCUUCUAUGAAAAGAUACUGGGAGGACUCAGGUGAGUACUAUGAUCCUGUAUAUGUUGGUGGUUGUAAUUUUGAUGGCAGGAUAAAGAGCAUGUUGCUAGAUGUGGACUUGAAAGUCCAAUCGAGCUAUCAAAGAGAGCAUGUCCCUAUGAUUUCACUGAUGAGCAAGUUAAAUGGGAAGGCAAUAGUAGGGCACCCAAUCCAAAUUGAGGCGCUAGAAAAUGGUUCAUCUGAAUCUCUUCUUGCUGCUGCCGAUGAUUUUUCCUCUGAAACAAUAGAUGGUGAUACAGCACUCCCACCAGUGUGGAGGACUGCCCGGAGGACAGCAAAUUUUCGGGUCCCGCGCCCACAUCUAUCAUCGACAUUGGAGAGUGAUGAAACUGCCAGGAAUUUGCAAUAUGUAGAUCAAGAUAGGAAAGUGUCAUUCAGAAAACUAAAUUUGGGAAGUUUCAGUCACAAAGCAAGCAUUAUGAGGAAGGGCCUUUCCCGACCCCCAACAGAGAGAAAGUUUCCGAGAAAGCCACCAAAGAAGAUGAGCUUAUCUUGUAGCCAAAAGACGAGAACACUUUCUUCGAUAGCCACACAACAGAAAUUUGGUAAUGAUCUAAGACAUGGUGGCAACAGUUAUCACGUUGAUGGACUGAUCAAAAAGGAGUCUGUGCCCACUGCAAUAGCUUGUAUCCCUGUUAAGCUAGUAUUCAGUAGGUUAAGUGAGGAGCUGGUUGGCCGACAUCAAUAAGAAUUAGUCUUUUGGGGGGGGUGAAAGUGAACAGACAUACAGAAAGUAAUGCAUUAUAUCGACAUGUAAAUUGUAUGAGAUCAAUAAUCUUAUACCAAACGUGCA